CGAGAGCCCCGCCGCCGCACCGCCAGCAGCCUCUCACGAGCCACAGCAGGCGGCAUGAGGCUUGAGUCACUCGCACCUCUAUCCAUGCUGCUCAUCGGGGUCUCAUUCGCCUGCUACCCCCCGACUUCGGAUUCCCUGCAAGACCGGGCGUACAGGUCGGCCGUGGUGAUCGAGGGCAAGGUGCAGUCCACGCCGGGGAACGCCUCCGCCGAGGCUCCGCCGCAGCCCGGCGUGCACGUCAAGGUGCUGGACGUGUGGCCCCUCCACAGCGGGGGGCUGGAGCCCGAGCAGCUCGUCACAGUGCUGGGGGACUUCGGGUCGGAGGCUCCGUGCGCCGACGUGCAAAAGAACCGCAAGUACAUCUUUUUCAUGGAGCCCACCGAGGCGCCGCUGGUCUACAAGGCUUCAUUUGCGCCCCUGGACACAAGCGGCAAGAGUCUCAAGAAGGAUGUUGGGAAGAUUUUGUGUGAGGACUGCGCUUCGGCUCCAAAGUUAAAACCAAUGAAGAAUCCAUCAAUAGUGGACGAGGGAAGCAAGCUCACAGUCAAGUGCGAGGCCACGGGGAACCCUCUGCCGACCUACCGAUGGUUCAAAGACGGCAACGAGCUGAAGAAAAGCAAAAAAAUUCGAAUAAAGAACAGCCAGAAAAACUCCAGACUCCAGAUCAACAGAGCGAAACUGGAGGAUUCUGGGAAUUACACUUGUGUGGUGGAGAACCUGCUGGGAAAGGACAACUCCACUGGCACUAUAAACGUCCAAAGCAUAACCACAACGCUAUCUCCAGGCUCAGGCCACUCCAGCAGAUGCAACGACACAGAGAAGAGCUUCUGUGUGAAUGGCGGUGACUGUUACUUCAUACAUGGUAUAAACCGGCCCCAUUGCAGAUGUCCCAUCGGAUACUAUGGCAAGCGAUGCUCAAACGCUGAACCUCUGCGGUUGCACAUGCCCAAUCCUUUCAAAAAUCAUCUUGGGAUUGAAUUUAUGGAGGCAGAAGAACUCUACCAAAAGAGAGUCCUGACAAUCACGGGUAUUUGUGUGGCUCUAUUGGUGGUGGGCAUCGUCUGUGUGGUUGCCUACUGUAAAACCAAGAAACAAAGAAAGAAGAUGCACAAUCAUCUGCGACAAAAUAUGUGUCCAGAACACCCCAAUCGGAACCUAGCUAACGGACCGAAUCACCCAGGACCAGGACCAGAGGAAAUCCCGAUGGUAGAUUACAUAUCAAAGAAUAUCCCAGCAACUGAACGAGUCAUACGGCCUGCAACAGAAGGAUCAUUCCCUGCCAGUCACACCUCUUCCAGAUCUCACAAUUCUUCCACACGUGCGCAUUCAUCAACUCAUAGACCCGAAGAGCGGACGUGGAGCCUGGAACAUUCAGACAGUGUCCUUUCUGACUCACCGGGGAUGAUGUCAUCAUCAGUGGGGACCAGUAAAUGCAGCAGCCCCGCAUGCAUGGAGGCACGGGCCCGGCGGGCUGCACACUGUGCUUACAAUGACCCCCAUCGGCCCGCCCUCCAAUACGGGGACUCAUUUGACUCCCUGGACUCCCCUCACAGUGACAGAUAUGUGUCAGCUCUCACGACACCGGCCCGCCUGUCGCCAGUGGAUUUCCAUUAUUCCUUGCCCCCGCAGGUGCCUACCUUCCAGAUCACUUCGCCCAACGCCAGCCACGCCAUGUCCCUCCCUCCCGCCGUCCACAACCCGUACCCCCUGGAAGACAACCGGCCUCUGCUACGUCGCUACCAAGUGCCCCUCCACGAGGCCCAGUGCCAGGAGGCCUACCGGCAGCAACGGCGCUCCUAUCCCAACGACAGCAGGGGCAGCCUGCCCUCCAGCCCCUACCGGCUGGCGGACGACGAAGACUACGAGACCACCCAGGAGUACCUCUCCUCUCGGGAGCAACCAAAGAGAAGCGGGUCGGGCGCCCCCGACAGGCGGCGCUGGAGGAGAUCCAGACUGAACGGCCACGUGGCGCCGCGCGGAUACGAGGCCUCCCGGGACUACGGCUCUCGGAGCUGCCUAACAGGAAGCGAGUCGGAGGAGGACGGCGAGAGCACGCCCUUCCUCAGUAUGCAGAACAUGAACGCGGCGGUUGAGCCCUCCACCAUCUACAGGCCGGCGGACAGUCGGACUCCUCACUCGUCGGGGCGGCUCGUGCAAACAAGACUUACGCACUCCCGCUCCAAAGCGGACACGACACCCCAUUAG